GUAAGCGACGGGGGCUGGAAAAGGUGGGACUCUGGAUCCAGUCUGCUACUAAUCACAUGUAUUGGAGUGCUGCCAUGAGUGGAGACGACAUAGAGCUGCGUCUCUCCAUCUGGAAGAGUAUCAACAAUCACGUUGCUAACGUGCAUGAUGGGCACGAUGGACAGUACACACGAUGCCUGCAUGGGAGCCUCGAAAGGAGAGACUGGCUUUGUCCUGGCUCACCUGAACACAGUCGUUUCGUGUCCCUCACUACGGACCGUUGCCUUUUAAAGGACAUAGCUCAGCUGUCACCAGCGGGGCAGACUUACAGCCUUGAGUCAUUCCAUGCGGUCAUCAUUCACUUCGCUUCAAAGUCUGUGCCUUACACUCCGGCUGUCAUGCAAGCUAGAACACGACUUGCAGCUCUCCAUUUCAACGAAAAUGCAAAUCGAGUGCAAGCAGUGAAGCGGAGCGGAGAAGGAAAAUUCAAGAUCAAGCUGCAGCGUGCAAGGGAGGGUCAUUAUGUGGCGUGCCCACUGAAUGUGGACGCAACAUACGACUACAUCAGGGAUUUGAUGGAAGAAACUGUUGCAGCAUGUCAGCGCUUCAGAACCUUCGACGAGGCUUUUGCUGCCAGCAACGAAGACGUGCCUCCACCCAUGACAGCACACCAUCCCCGAACACAGUCCGCUGCAGAACUCGCUGCUAUACGCCAAAAGAGAUUUUGUGAUGUCCGACGAAGGCUUGACUAUGAAUAAUGUACUCUGCUGAUGGGUACAGUGGACUUGCACUAACUGAAGGCAAGGGCAACCAUGCUUCUCAUUAAUUUAAACAGUUUUUCUGUUUCUAAACA